UUCUUCCUCCUCCUCUUUCUGCAAAGCCAACCUACGCUCGCUGCCAUCUGCACGAGGGGAAGUGGCCGCCUGCGGGAUGAAGACGAGGUCGCAGACGACCCCGAAGCCCCUCAACACCGUCAGGCUGCCCCCCUUGCCGAGCCCCAGGACGAAGUCGAAGCCGAAGCCGAAGCCGAGGCCCGAGUCCGGGAAGAAGGGGACCCUCCACGACCUCCGCCGCCCCAAGAAGCCCCCCACCGCCUUCUUCUUUUUCAUGGAGGAUUUCAGGGUAGCAUUUAAGGAAGAAAAUCCAAGUGUAAAAUCAAUGCGGGAGAUAGGGAGGGCAUGCGGCGAGAAAUGGAAUAAAAUGACAUUUGAGGAAAAAGUGAAGUAUUACGAUCUAGCUACGGAAAGGCGUGCUGAGUUUGAGAAGGCGAUGGCUCAAUAUAACAAGAAAAAGAUAAAUGGUGAAUUGUCAGAGGAAUCAGGCUACGAGUAGAAGUGAACAUUGGGUUGUUCUGAUGGUUCCGAAAGUAAUUGGAUGAAUCAACCAAUUGUAUAUUGCAUGACUAAGUUUUGUAAUGAACUCUGUUAUCUAUAGAUAGUUUGACUCCUGUGACGGUCAGUAUUACACUGACACCAAAUCUUGUACUGGUGCUAUUACCAGAAUAUUAUUUGUGCUGCGUAGUGCAUUAUACGUAUAUUGUUC